UAUUGCCCCCAGGUCCCGGAUAACUUUUACUUCUUGCCUUAUAUUUGACUUAGAGAAUCAAUUAACCAAUCUGUCUCGAUUUCUAGUGACAAUAAUCAAGUGACAUGUUUCGCGAAUAACUAGCAUCAUCGGCUAUAUACUUCCAAUGUAUCGUGCUGCGCGACUACUUCGAAAACCUCAAAUUACACUCCGGAUUAGCCCACCGUUACCUCGUGGUUCGAAAUUCGCCCCUGUUCGCUAUCUGCAGAUCAAACGCCCCUGGGUCAGGAAAGUCCUAGCGACAAUCUUCUUAUCCGGAGCUGCCCUUCAUUCAUGGAGCUCGUUCGUUGUUUUGUCGCUUGAUCAGACGCUCUUCGAUACCGAUGGGUCGCCCGAUCGUCUACCGGGGGCUGAAGCCCCAACCCCAACUGGGAAGUUUGACAGGAACAGCUAUGUUCCUCCGGGCUCAGAAGUUGACGUGCAACCCCGUUUCAUUCCAUUGGGCUGGCCUUGGUUAUGCGAAGGGGAAUUAUAUACAGGCACAGACCCAGAGUGGCAGGCUUUUAGAAGAGUAGCCACCGACCGCAACAAGCUCCCUGGCUUGAAAGAUGAAUUGGUAUUGCUUGUCCUGGAUGCCGCGUCCCAAUCGAGUCUGCUCUCUCAUAUGCUAGGAGGUCCGCUCUCCGUUGCAGAGUAUUGGCUUGAACAUCAAUUUCCAUAUCGUGCACCUCCUGCUUAUUAUCGUUCUGGAUUACAAAUAUCUCGGACUGGCUUUUCCUGGGGUCUGAAGCCUAUGCCCGCCGAAGACGGUGAUCGGCUUCAAAGAUGGAUAAGGCCCCUAGUUGUGGCGCAUGCCAUCAGGGAUGCCCUUCUGGUAUUGUGGGGCAGGCAGGUUUCCCGGUUUAGCGGAAGCUCAGAUGAGGCGCAGACGAUCGAGACGUUGAUUUCCUUGCAUGGCGGUCUAUUAUCAUCGGGCUUGAGAGGCCUGGAUGGGUUAAAUGACCUAUCUCGGUCUGUAUCUCAGUCACCUCCGCCCAACUCCCAAGAAGCCGCUUCUUUAACCAAAGACGGCUCCCGUCUACACCCUUCGAUAUACAUCUCUAUUCUGCAGAGGUUGCCUUUGCCGAACCUUGGGCUCGGUUCUGAUUUACAUAUGGCGUUAUUGGCAUUUAAGUGGCGACUGCAUUACAGCUCGGCUCACAGUAUACACACAUCUCGUCGUGGCGUCAUGUAUAUUUCAGGCCCUGUUGGCAUUCUUGGGCCCCACGGAACUUGCAGAGUUGAGGUCAAGGGAGAAUACGAUGUAAUGGCGUCUCGAUGGACUGUUGUCUCGAUGGAAAUUAGAGAUCUCAACCUAUUCAAUCAAAGAGCACUUGGUCCUCUUCGCUCCUCUAAUUUACCUCUCGGUAAAUUCUAUUUGGUAUAUAUCCAAAUAUUUAUUAGGCUGAGUCCUCUGGUUUAG